CACCAUUUCAUUUGGUUUGUGACGCCUGGUCGGCUGCGUCGGUGUCAGUACGCGCCCCGGUGUCGGUAUUCGCGUCGGUGUCCGCACCACCUCGGUCGGUUCUCUUUAGGGUCCAGUGCUCGCGCAUUCGUGUCGUUGCGGACAGUUUAGUUGCGUGCAACCAUACAACUCGGCCCACCGUGUCAUUGGAACAUCAAGUUGAGACUAUCGGGUUGAAGUAUCGUCAUUAUGAUUGGAAAGGCGCUGGGCGCAGCGCCAUUAGCGCUUUUACUUCUGCAGGCGACGUCUGUACUCAGUCGAAUCGCGUUUGAAAAACUGACAGAUGUUGACUUUGUUGGCACUUCUUAUUAUACAGUACGCAAUCUGUCAUUGUACGAGUGUCAGGGCUGGUGUAGAGAGGAGAACGAUUGUCAAGCAGCCGCCUUCAGUUUCGUACUCAAUCCCUUAACACCAGUUCAAGAAACACUUUGUUUGCUACAAAAUGACACACAAGCGAAUAAUCCCAUGGCCACUCCGCAGCGUGCGGUGAAUACAUACUACAUGGUGAAGCUGCAAGUGAGGACUGAGAGCGUGUGCCUGCGCCCUUGGGCGUUCGAGCGAGUCCCCGGGAAGGCGCUGCGAGGCCUGGACAAUACUAUAAUCUACACCUCUACGAAGGAGGCCUGCCUCGCCGCCUGUCUCAACGAGAAACGUUUCCCGUGCCGGUCUGCGGAGUAUGAAUACGGCAGUAUGCGGUGCGCGCUCAGCGACUCCGACAGACGCACCGCUCAGCACUUCGUGCAACUCGUCGAUACUCCCGGCACAGACUACUUCGAAAACUUGUGCCUGAAGGGAUCGCAGGCAUGCAAAGGGUCCAGGGUGUUCACUGUCCCUCGCGUGGGAGUCGCCGAGGACAAGGUGGCGCAGUACGCCGGCCUGCAUUAUUACACCGACAAGGAAUUACAGGUGACGUCAGAGGCAGCUUGUCGGUUAGCUUGCGAGAUUGAAUCGGAAUUCCUCUGCCGUUCCUUCUUAUACCUGGGAGCUCCUCAUUCAUCCGCCUACAACUGCAGACUGUACCAUCUUGAUCAUCACACGUUACCCGACGGACCAUCCGCCUACCUGAAUGCCGAGAGACCGCUCAUUGACGACGGUGAACCUACGGGGAAAUACUUCGAGAACUACUGUGAAAAGCCACCUGCGAGUCCAUCCGGAGAGUUGCCAGUUACAAUCGAUCACCAGCAAGAUGAAACCAGCGUGCAAAGCAACCUUACGAGGAACGAUGCGAACUGUGACAAAACUGGCACAUGCUACGAUGUAUCCGUUCACUGCAAGGACACCAGGAUCGCAGUACAAGUUCGCACAAACAAGCCUUUCAACGGUCGUAUUUAUGCCCUCGGUCGUUCGGAGACGUGUAACAUUGAUGUGGUGAACAGCGACCUCUUCCGUCUCGACCUCACCAUGGCCGGACAGGAUUGUAACACUCAGAGUGUCACUGGUGUAUAUUCGAAUACGGUAGUUCUACAACAUCACAGCGUCGUCAUGACCAAAGCGGAUAAAAUCUACAAAGUGAAAUGUACCUAUGACAUGAGCUCGAAGAAUAUCACAUUCGGAAUGGUGCCAAUCAGAGACCCGGAGAUGAUUUCCAUCACUGCUGCACCCGAGGCUCCUCCCCCACGCAUUCGCAUCCUGGACGGGCGCGAGCGCGAGGUGGAAACCGUGCGCAUUGGAGACCGUCUCACCUUCCGUAUCGAAAUACCCGACGACACUCCAUACGGCAUCUUCGCUCGAAGCUGCGUCGCCAUGGCCAAGGAUUCCAAGAGCACAUUCACGAUCAUCGACGAUGAAGGGUGUCCAGUGGAUCCUUCAAUCUUCCCAGGUUUCACACCAGACGGUAACGCACUUCAAUCCGUGUACGAAGCUUUUAGAUUUACCGAAUCUUAUGGAGUUAUCUUCCAAUGCAACGUCAAAUACUGCCUCGGGCCUUGCGAACCGGCGUUGUGCGAAUGGGGCAGAGAAUCUUUGGAGUCAUGGGGAAGAAAGAAGCGUUCGCUGCCCGCCAACGAAACCGAAGAAUCGAGGAAUAAAGAGGAGAAUAUGAACAUCUCGCAAGAAAUUCUUGUCCUUGAUUUUGGUGAUGAAAGACAGAGCACAGAUUUCCUCCGUUCUGACAAACCUGGUGGUACAGCGUCUGAAGCUAACUUUGGCGAGAAAACAGUAACCAUAGUGGAGCCUUGCCCGAGCAAAGCGUCAGUGCUGCUUUUGGGCGUCGCGUGCGCACUUCUCGUUCUACUAUACAUCGCCACCAUCUUUUGUUACUACAUGCGCAAAUGGCUGACCCCGCCAAAACACAUGUCGUAAUGUCAUAUUAGAUUUUGAGGUUAUGAGGAUUCUAGUGUUUUUGUUGCUACAAGCGCUGAAUUUACAUCAAAUUGUGAUACAUUUGACUGAUAAUCGCAAUGCAUAGAAAAAA